AUGAAAGAAGAAAAUGGAGAACUUGUAACAGAAGGAGAAGAAAUUGCAAAACAAUUUGGGAAAGUGUUCGAGGAACUACUCAACCCACAAACGCACCAAGACCAUACGCAAAUUGAGUACUAUACAGCAGAACCUGAAAAUGUAGAACCAACGGACGACGAAGUUAGAAUAACCAUAAACACACUUAAAAACAAUAAAUUGCUAGGUGAAGAUGGCUUAGCUGCAGAACUCUUAAAGUAUGGUGGUGAAGAAUUAAUAUGUGAAGUAGGGAAAUUAAUCAGAGAUGUAUGGCAUAAAGAAGAAAUACCAAAAGAAUGGCAACUAGCAAUAAUCUGUCCAAUUUAUAAAAAGGGAGACAGGUCAAGCUACCAAAAUUACCGAGGAAUAUCGUUGCUAAAUACAAUGUACAAAGUAUUGUCAGGUCUCAUACUAAACAGAAUAAAACCUUACAUAAAAGAUAUCAUUGGAGACUACCAAUGUGGUUUUAUGAAUGGUAAAUCCACCAUAGAUCACAUUUUCACUGUUAAACAACUAGUUGAGAAACAUUACGAAUUCGACAAUGAUCUACAUCUACUAUUUAUUGACUAUAAACAGGCUUAUGAUUCAAUUAAUAGAGAAGUACUAUGGGACACACUUAUAACCUUUGGGAUACCAGCUAAGAUAGUGAAAAUGAUCAAAUUAUGUAUGAAUAAAACUAGAUGUAAAGUUAUAUUCAAUCAACAUAUAUCAGAUGAAUUUGAAGUUAAGACUGGACUUCGACAGGGAGAUGCCCUAUCCCCAAUACUCUUUAAUAUAGCAUUAGAAAUGGUAGUUAGAAAAACUCAAAAAAAAUAUGGUGGGGUAAACUUGGAAGAGAACAGAAGACAAUGCGGAGUACUAGCGUACGCAGAUAAUAUUAUCAUAUUGGGAUCAGACAGUCAAGAAGUCAAAGCAGGAACCAAAGAACUAAUAAUAAACAGCAAAGACAUUGGAUUACAAGUAAACGAAGAAAAAACCAAAUAUAUGGUAAUAUCUAGGCGAGAAAAUCACGAGGAAAAUUUAGAAGUUGAGAAUUAUAAAUUUGAAAGGGUGCAAAAUUUUAAANGAGUACUAGCGUACGCAGAUGAUAUUAUCAUAUUGGGAUCAGACAGUCAAGAAGUCAAAGCAGGAACCAAAGAACUAAUAAUAAACAGCAAAGACAUUGGAUUACAAAUAAACGAAGGAAAAACCAAAUAUAUGGUAAUAUCUAGGCGAGAAAAUCACGAGGAAAAUUUAGAAGUUGAGAAUUAUAAAUUUGAAAGAGUGCAAAAUUUUAAAUACCUGGGUGUUACAAUAAAUAGCAAAAAUAAUAAUCACGAUGAAAUUAAAAUAAGACUAACUGCAGAAAAUAAAUGCUAUCACGUGUAUCACUCAAAUCAAAAAUUAUAA